ACAAAGCGCGAAGAAUCACCCUGGGUAUGGACGUCGAAGAGUGGCUUUGUACGGAAUUGCAUGAUGUGGUGGGUUACAGCGACAAAACGCUCAGCCAAUUUAUUCUCUCCCUGGCUAAGCGGGCCCCUUCUGCGGCUGCUCUACACGUCCAGCUGAUAGGCAGCGGAAUUGAGGAGGGUCCGAGGACCCGUCCUUUCGCCGAGGCGCUUUUCCAACGUAUGAGGUCUCAAGGUGGAAAGGUUGGCAAGGGGGUGGCUCGAAAUGCCGGGGGUGUGGGAGGUAGAGCUGCGGCAUCUGUAGGAGAGAGGCGGCUUACCAACGCCGAGCUCAUCCGCCAGAGCCAGCGAUACUCCCUGGUUGAAAGUGACGACGAGGACUAUAAGCGAGCGAUCAGUGGCACUGGUGAUGGUAAUGGGACUAACGGAGGGAAGCGAAGGAAGGAGGAGAAGAAGGAGAAACGGGAAAAGAAGGAGAGGCAGGCGCGCAAGAAGACAGCUGAGAUCGAGGAAGACGAGGAGGAGGACAUCUCACUGGUGCGAAAGCGCGUGCGCGAGGUCACUUCUGGCGCGGUUAUGGACGCAAAAGAAAAGGGCGAAGACGAAAGAAAACAAGAAGAGUUGGAUGAAGACAUCCGGGAACGAGACGCGUUCGUCCAGCGUAUGCUCGAGAAAGAGGACAUGAAGACGCAACAGAAAGCAUCGGGGGGAGGCCUGUCGGCAGAGCAGAUCAAGGAACUUGCCACGACAGGAGCC